UUCUUACGGUGUGAAGUAGUGAAUUUACUCUCUUGGAAAAUUUCAACGAGUAUCCGCGCCGGGUCAUGUACACGUGGUCAUUGUAACUCUAUCACUGUUCUUUUCAGUAAUGCCGUGGCUGGAGAAAGUGCUAUUGAUCGGUUUGCUUGUGGUAUUGGUGGAAAACAUAUGCUCCCUCAUAUUAUAGCAACUGUUCCACAGAUGCUCCAAAAUGGUGGGUUGAUUAUGGUUUAAAUGAAAUUGAAAAGAAGUUCAUGGUAUUUAACAGUGUUUGAAAUAAUGCCCGGAUAGGCGCCGGCCACGUUGUCCGGUCGAAAACAUUUUUGCUCGGACACGACCCAUUUCUAGCCGGUCAAAUAUAUUGGCGCUCAUGAAGAAUAAUUAGCAUGCGUACUAGUUUGACAGAAAUACAUUGAUAUCGCGGAAAAUCGCGACUUUUAAAACCUGUCAAGUUACUCUGAGUUACUUUUGUAUUUUUUUGGCAACAUGAAUGUGCAUUAUAUGCGCUUUGGUAAGAAAAUUAAAUUUUUGGAAAAUUCUAUAUUCUAAUCAUGUAUUCUACAUGAAUUGCUGAAAAUUAAAUUUCCUUUUAAUUAAAGCACACGAUUGACCGGACAACAUGAUUUGUUCGGUCAAUUUCGACCCGACAUGCAAUGUCCGUUGACUGCCCUGUAUUUGCAGACCCUGUAUUAAAUCCGUAAGUAGCUAGUCUUAAUGUGGGUAAUGUAAUAUGAACACGUCUUGUGCUUGGAUUUCUGAAACAGAAGUAAUAAGUGUUGAGAUUCAUUCCAUAUAGAAAUAUGAUUUUCUUCAAUCGAUUCAAUUGGUCAUAUUUAUUGUUUCGAUUCGAUUCAAUCCGCCCAUAUUUAUUGUCUUUCGUUGUCAUAAUCUACCAAUCACAAAGCUUGUUCAUAUACUGUAGGUAGGUACAAACCGACCCUAUAAAUUAUUUAUCAUUGACAUCUCUUUAAAAAACUGCGCAUUUAACUAUGAAGUACCAAAAUGUUUUGAAUAAUAUUUUUCAGAGGACUGGCGAUACCGUCAUGCUGGGCUCAUGGCGAUUUCUGCAGUGGGUGAAGGUUGUCACAAACAAAUGUUAAAUAUGUUACAAAAUCUUGUUGAUAGUAUUUUACCUUUCUUAACUGAUCAACAUCCUCGGGUCAGAUAUGCAGCCUGCAAUGCACUAGGUCAGCUCUCUACUGACUUUGCUGAGGGUUUCCAACAAAAGUUUCAUGCAAAGGUAAGACUCCCCUUUAAAAUUUCAGGACACGUUUUGCCAUUCCAAGCACAAUAUACGCCACGAAUAAUAUGAAACCCCGUGCGAACUAGGAAAUAUUCUUGCGGUAACAAUAAUUCCUACAUGUAAACGCGUUUCCACAAUCUGGGCAAUUAGGAAUCACUGUUCCCGAGACAAUAUUUCCAUGAUAGCCAGGGCUUUAAUUCAGAACGUGCCACGAAUAUUAUCGAGUUGGCGAUUGCUCUGGUUCUUGCAGUGCUAAGAAACAAUAACUUAUGUUAUUAACUAAUUAUGUUAGCAACAACUUAUGGAUGGAAGCGCAGACAAGAUUUAACCCUCGUCACAGUGCUGUGAGGGCUUGUCGCAUUGAGGCGACUUACCCAGCAAAUCGACUCACUAGCUCGCUUUGAGGAAAAUAAAGUGCUAAUUUUAAUUACUGUCUUCGUAAAUAUCUUAAUCAACAACUUAUAAUCGACAUCUAAUUUAGGGGCCUUCAAGGGUUUCUUCUAGGUCCCUCGCCCUUAAUUUUUACUUAUCUGUAAAUAUAUCGUAAUUCUAUAUUUAUGGGCAAAUUAAUAAAUACUACACAACAAUAAUUUUGCCAUUGUAGCCAUGCAUAUAAGCACUAAACGUAAAGACUAAUAAGUUUCUGUGAUAGUCAGUAUCUCGUUUUCGUCAUAUACUGAACUUAUAUAUUUGACGAAAGUUCGCCCAAGAGUGGAUAUUUCAACCCAGGUAAAUUUUGUCGUAUCGCGUCUGUAUAUUGAAAUAAGAUUUCAUCAUUCUGCCAUGGCUGAAAUUUUAGCCCGGUGGAUGAAACUCAGCAGGGUGGAUGAAUAAUUGGUGUAAUCAACCCUUGACACCUUGUAGCCUGUUUUCCACUUCGUCCGUAUCGUAAUGUACAGCAGCAUUUCCAUUAGUUCCAUCCUGAGUUAAAACAGUUACUACCCCAGUGCUCAGGAAACAAAGAAAUACGCUACGCUUGAAGUGGAAAAUGGCGGUGUAAGGCGUUAUGACGUUUAUUUUGUAACUUUACUUGUAGGUUAUCCCAGGUCUCCUUCACGUGCUCGAUGAUACAGAGAACCCUCGUGUCCAGGCCCAUGCCGGUGCUGCUCUGGUGAAUUUCUGUGAAGAAUGCCCUAAACCUAUCUUACUCCUCUAUCUCGACAACACACUACGUAAACUAGAAGUCGUUCUUCGAGCUAAACUGGAAGAU